CGGAACCAAACAGCGGUACCCGGACGUUUCCCAUGUCAACACUUCCUGUUGUGUUUUCGCUCUCUGCUCCCCGAACCAGGAAGAUGGAUCUGCCCUCGAACAAAUGGAUUGUUCAUCUGCUCGUGUGCUGCUUCGUCGUCGGUGUCAACUGCAACUCAGUGGAUAAGAAGAUUUAUGUGAAACUCAAUUACACCGUCUCGUGUGUGCGACUGCUCAACGCAACGCAUCAAAUCGGCUGCCAGUCCUCUUUGUCGGGUAACGUGGGUGUGCUCCAUGUGCUGGAGUCGGAGGACAACCUGGACUGGGUCCUGAGCUCUGGUCCCAAUCCUCCUUACAUGGUCAUCCUGGAGUCCCCGCUCUUCACCAGAUCCGUCAUGAUGAAGUUGAAGAGCGGCUCCAGUCGGGUGGCAGGCGUCGCUGUUGUGGCGCCCAACACGAACCCAGCGGGCGCCUUCUCUCCGCACACCACCUGCCCCAACGAGAACUCAGGCGUUUAUUCAGAGACCUACGAUCCAGCCAUGGCCAACUGUAACAAGACGGUGUGGAACCCUCUGGGAAACGGGCUGUCCUACGAGGAGUUUGAUUUCCCCAUAUUCUCUCUCAAAGACGACAAUGACACUCAGGUCAUACGACAGUGUUACCUGGACCACAACCGCGCCGUGAACGGCAGCAGGCCCCGGUACCCGCUGUGUGCGAUGCAGCUCUACUCCCUCAUGUUCGCCGUCACCGACACGGCCACCUGCAUGAGAAGAAACGACAUUAACUUGAGCAUCAACCCAGAGAUGGUGUGUGACCCGUUGGGCGACUAUAACGUCUGGGCCUCCACCCGGCCGCUCAACAACACGGCCAAGGGCCACAAGAUGUGGGAGAGCGCAGUCGUCGCAGCAGCCAGGUUGGACAGCAGGUCGUUUUUCUUCGACAUUGCUCCCGGAGCGCAGAGCGGAGUCUCGGGGUUCGUCGCCCUGCUGGCGGCCGCUCACGCUCUGCGUGACGUGGUCCAGGAGGCCCCGCCCAACCGCACCAUCCUCUACACCUUCUUCCAGGGGGAAACGUUUGACUACAUCGGCAGUUCGAGGAUGGUGUACGAUAUGGAGAACAAUCAGUUUGCAGUUGACCUGGACAAUAUUCACUCAGUACUGGAGGUUGGACAGGUGGGACUUCGUAACGACUCCAAACUGUGGCUCCACACUGAUCCCGUGUCUCGGAGGAACGACAGUGUCAACAAAGAGGUGGAAGAUCUGAUCGCUAACUUGCGUUUGGCUGCCACGAAUCUAAGUGUCACACCCGAGGUGCCCACCGCCUCUCAGCCUCUCCCGCCCUCAUCCUUCCAGCGCUUCCUGCGAGCUCGGCCAAUCCCGGGUGUCGUUCUGGAGGAUCACCAGUCUGCGUUCACCUCCAGGUUCUAUGAGAGUAUGUACGAUAACGCGGAAUACCUCAACGUGUCGUACCCACCGAACCUGACGCCAGAGGAGCAGCUAAGAUUUGUCACUGAAAGCGCAAAGGCUCUGACGGAGGUGGCCACCCUGGUCGCCCGGGCUCUGUACAGGCAGGCCGGAGGAGCGGAAACGCAGCUGGUCAACAUCAACGCAGACUCUCAAACAGUGACCCAGAUGCUGUACGGUUUCCUUGUUCGGACGAAUAACUCCUGGUUCCAGCAGCUGAUCCCCUCGGACUUCAUGAGUCAUCUCACUAACAGGCCCCCAAACCUGUACGUGGGUGCGGUCCAGCAGUCCAGCGAACCGACUGUUCUGGUCCAGUUCCUGAUGGCUAACCUGACGGGCAGCACCGUCAACGUGACCCAGGAAAACUGCCAGAACCAGCGAGAGGAUGAGAAUGACAAAGAGAGCAGACAUAUGUACAUCUACAUGUGGGUUCAGGGAGCGGUUCCUCCCAACAGCACACAGCGACAGGGCUUCUGUGUCCGCUCCACCGCCCGUCUGUCCAAGGCCGUGUCCCCGGCGUUCGACCUGCGAGAGUUUACCUCCAAAGACUACUCGACGUGGACGGAGUCCAGGUGGAAGCCCAUCAGCGGACGCAUAUUCCUGGUGGCCAGUCACGAACUGGAGAUGUUGACGCUGGGCGUUGGCGUUGGCGUGCUGCUGACGUCCCUCCUGCUGACGUACGUCAUCAGCGCCAAGGCCGAUAUUCUCUUCAGCUCGGGGAGGGAACCCACCAACGCCACGUACUGAUCCAUGCCGAGGCGACGCAGGCCGACGACCACUACGAAAUCUACUAUUUCUACUACUACUACUUCUACUUCUAUCCCAACUGGACAUUGACAGGAACUUUUCUUCAAAACACACCACGAUUAGGUACACAGACAGGUUAGACACAGCAGCUGGGGGGUGGGGGGGGGUUAUUAAACUCUGUGUUUCUGGACUCGCUCCGUUGAGACGUGAGAUGAGGACUGGACCGUACUGGAUUGGCCUGGAUGGAUCUGGACUCAUCAGGGUUAGAAAACACUGGUCAGGCACCAGACGGCCCUGCCGGUGGAAAAGAUGUUUAUAUUUCUUUUAUUUUAGUUUUCUUUUUUUUUCUUUUUUAAUCGUCAGAGAAUGUUUUGUUGACUCUGUCAUGGGAUAGGCACAUUACGCAUUAUUUUUGUGUGUGUGUGUGUGUGUGUGUGUGUGUGUGUGUGUGUGUGUGUGUGUGUGUGUGUGUGUGUGUGUGUGUGUGUGUGUGUGUGUGUGUGUGUGUGUGUGUGUGUGUGUGUGUGUGUGUGUGUGUGUGUGUGUGUGUGUGCGCGCGCGAGUGUGAUUGUUGAUAUGCAAAAUGUGACCGAGUGACUGCGUGGUUCGGUGUGUAUGAUUAUCUGAAGGUGUGUGUGUGUGUGUGUGUGCGCGCUUUAUGAGGAUUGCGAUUGUGCAAUACUGUAGCUGUCUCUUCUUUGUCACGUAGUUUAACUUAUCACUCAGCUACAAACGAUAAGAAACCACUUUAUGGGUCGCUGAACAAGAAGAGGGGGGAAAGAAAUUGAAAUUCAAUGUUUUACAAAAAUUCUAGAAAUGUGUGUUGAGGUGUUUUAACAAGUUGUAGCUUCUGCGAAAUUGACAACAACAAAAAAUAAAUACAAUUUUUGAAGAAGAAAAAAAAAAUCUAAAAUAUUUAUACGAAUCGAUCCCAGCACACACAUGUACUGUAACUAGUAACUACACUUGAACGUAGUUGUUAACUCACUGCGAUUUCACAUAUUGUGAUGUUUGUGUGGAGAGGUAGAAUUUCCCAAAUGAAUAAGUGGCUGACAAAUGCUUCAUCUUCAUUUUGAUCAGCUGCUAGAAUCUUCAAAUCCAGUCAGAAGAUCUUCUGAAAAUGCGUUGGUACUCUGGCUGUGCACUCUAUUAUUUUUUUGGGUUCUUUUUUUCUUCCGCACUAACUUCUGAAAAAUUGUGACAACACACAAGAGGUUUUAAUUUUGUUGAUGGGCGUUCAUCUAGUGUCUGGAAUCGAUGAUCAAUUGUGAUGCCGUGUUGAAGAAAUAAACAUUGCUUCUUUUCCAA